AUGUGGAAUCGCACAAUGGCUCGAUCAACUGCUAAUCCUAGAAUUGGUCCUUAUGCACCACCAGUUACGCUGGACUCUGUCAAGAAAAUACGGUCUCAACUGAGCGCUACUAAUCUCCUUGCUCUGGGGAAAGAUCUAGCUCCUUUGGCAUUAGCCGCU